UUGAAAAUUGCAAUUUGAAAAGCAAAAGCCAUGGGGGGGCAAGUUUCGACUGGUGACACCAUGGAGACAGGUGACACCAGUGACCCGAGCCGCUUCUUUGGCAGUGCGACAUACUUUGAAGGUCAUCAACGUUUGGAGGCAACAGGCUACAGCUACGAAAAUGCUUUGAUCAUCAAACAUGAGCAGACAGGAAUCAGAAUGUGGGCGUGCGCCUUUGACUUGCGCGAGGAUUCGGAACACAAAGGUCUACGUGAUGGUGACAAAGUUCUCUAUCACUACACAGAUGAGGCAUCAUUUUUCCCAAUCACAAGCCUCGAAGGUGCCAGGAUCUGGGCGAACCCGGAUGUAAACAACACGGAUAGCUUCUUCGGUUUGGGUGUCUAUGCUACUGAGAAAGCGCCUCACCAAUGGAGAUCAAAAGAUGAAGUCCGUCUCAACAAUUUCUACCCAACUCGCGAGAACUUUCUGACGUUCAGCGGCCAAGAGCUGCCGGAGGCCGAGGAUGCCGAUUUUGAAGCCCUCCUGGAAGGCACUGUUGGAAACUAUGUCAAGGGCAAGUACCCAGGCAAGACGGACUACUGCAUUCCCUUGAUCGUGGAUCAGCAGGUGUCCAAAAAUGCAAUGAAAGAAGUUACCGAUGGCCCCUUGAUGAGAAACCGUAAAAAAAGGCUCGCUGGAUACAACUCCAAAGCUGAGAAACAGCCAACUUGGCGGGAUGUUUGGGUCGUCUCAAUCUACAACCAGACUCAAGACAUUGUAAUUGAGGUUGAAGAUGCCAAGCUGAACUCCCCCAGCAUCAUCCAGAUCCUGGGGCAGCGCCUCAAGAGCGACCGUGACGUUCAGGAUUUGGUCAAGUAUAAGCUGUUGAACUACAAGCACAUUUGCAGAGACCUCCUUCAAAGAGUCAUCGAACAUAAUCCUGCAGAUUCACAUGUGUACAACAACCUGGGCACUCUGCUGUCGGCCGGCGAGGUGAUCCAGGUGCAGCUGCAAGGUGGGUCCAGGGAGUUUACCGAGAAAGGUCUGUUCUUGGAGUCCAUCAGGCUGGACAACGGCAAUGCACCUGCAUACAACAACCUGGGCGUUCUGCUGUCGGCCAGCGAGGUGAUCCAGGUGCAGCUGCAAGGUGGGUCCAGGGAGUUUACCAAGAAAGGUCUGUACUUGGAGACCAUCAGGCUGGACAACGGCUAUGCACCUGCAUACAGCAACCUGGGCGUUCUGCUGUCGGCCAGCGAGGUGAUCCAGGUGCAGCUGCAAGGUGGGUCCAGGGAGUUUACCGAGAAAGGUCUGUUCUUGGAGUCCAUCAGGCUGGACAACGGCAAUGCACAUGCAUACAACAACCUGGGCUCAUUGCUGUCGGCCGACGAGGUGGUCCAGGUGGAGCUGCAAGGUGGACCCAGGGAGUUCACCAAGAAAGAUCUGUACUUGGAGUCCAUCAGGCUGGACAACGGCCAUGCAGAGGCAUACUUCAACCUGGGCACUCUGCUGUCGACCGACGAGGUGAUCCAGGUGCAGCUGCAAGGUGGACCCAGGGAGUUCACCCAGAAAAAUCUGUUCUUGGAGGCCAUCAGGCUGGACAACGGCAAUGCAAAGGCAUACUUCAACCUGGGAACUCUGCUGUCGGCCGACCAGGUGAUCCAGGUGGAGCUGCAAGGUGAGUCCAGGGAGUUUACCGAGAAAGAUCUGUACUUGGAGUCCAUCAGGCUGGACAACGGCCAUGCACGUGCAUACUUCAACCUGGGCACUCUGCUGUCGGCCGACCAGGUGAUCCAGGUGGAGCUGCAAGGUGAGUCCAGGGAGUUUACCAAGAAAGGUCUGUACUUGGAGUCCAUCAGGCUGGACAACGGCCAUGCACGUGCAUACUACAACCUGGGCAGACUGCUGUCGGCCGACGAGGUGAUCCAGGUGCAGCUGCAAGGUGGAUCCAGGGAGUUCACCAAACAGCAGCUCCUUUUAUGGCGUGGCGAGACGGCCAACGUGGUGAUGCCGGACGAGAUCACGGAGCCGCGCUUCCUGCAGGACUGGAAACAGGAGAUCCUCGAAGUGGCCGCCGCUCCCUUCCUCCAGAAGCCCUUGGACAUGGCGAAGGCUGAUGAUUUUACCCAACACGGUGUGGAACACUUCGAUGUGGCCGAUGUGGAGUCCUCCUCUUCGGGCGAGGACGAGGAGUAUCUUGGACCUUUUGGGGUGGAGCACUUUGAUGUGAAGUGGAGUCCUCCUCUUCCGGUGAGGAGUUUCUUGGACCUUGGGGAUACCUAG